CCUUGGAAUCCUACGCGUGUUGACCCGUUUACUUCGGAUUGCUGAAGUCUUCACACCACACAAUUUCCAUCCUCCCUUCUCUACUCUCUGCUCUUUGUUUGCCUUUGCUGAACACCAUGGCAGUUGUUGGAGAGGCUCUUCUUUCCGCUGCCUUUGGCUCGUUGUUUGACAAGUUGCGUUGCUCUGAUCUGAUUAAGCUCGCACGGCAGGAGCAUGUCCACACCGACCUCAAGAAAUGGGAGAAGCAGUUGCAGAGCAUCCGGCAAGAGAUCAACGACGCGGAGAAGAAGCAGAUCACACAGGAGGCUGUCAAAUCAUGGCUGUUUGAUAUGACGGUUUUGGGAUAUGACACGGAGGAUAUCUUGGACGAGUUUGCUUACGAAUUGACGAGGAGAAAGCUGAUGGGAGCGGAAGCUGAAGAAGCCAGCACAACCAAAGUACGCAAGUUCAUUCCUAGUUGCUGUACUAGUUUCAAUCCAACUCAUGUGGUGCGUAAUGUCGAGACGGGAUCCAAGAUUAGAGAUAUCACCAGCACAUUACAAGAUAUUUCGGCCAGAAAAGCUGGACUUGGCCUAGAGAAGGUGACAGCAGCAGCAGCUACUUCCGCUUGGCAAAGGUCGCCACCCACUACACCUAUAGCGUACGAACCUGGGGUUUAUGGCACGGAAGAGGAUAAAAAAGUGAUCCUCGAUUUGCUGGGCAAGGUUGAGCCCUAUGAAAACGAUGUCGGCUUCAUUUCCAUUAUUGGAAUGGGUGGGGUGGGAAAGAACGCUCGCGCAGUUUGCUUUGGUGAAAUAUGCUUUUGUUUGGAAGAUAACUUGGAAAGUAAUCGACAAUCCACAAUUUCUAAAGAGACUCGUCAUUCAUCGUUCAUUCUUGGAAAAUUCGAUGUGUUCAAGAAAUUUGAAGCCUUUCAAGAGUUUGAACAUUUACGGACAUUUGUGGCUCUACCAAUUCAUGGUACGUUUACAGAAUCUUUUGUAACUAGUUUGGUGUGAGAUCAUUUGGUGCCAAAAUCUCGACAGUUAAGAGUCCUCUCUUUGAGUGAAUGUAUGAUAUUUGAGCUACCAGAUUCUAUUGGUGGAUUAAAACAUCUGCGUUAUUUGAAUUUGUCUUUCACCCAAAUCAAAUUAUUGCCAGAUUCAGUGACCAACCUCUAUUAUUUACAAACAUUGAUACUAUCCAAUUGUGAGCAUCUUACCAAAUUUAAUUAGCCUUAGACAUCUCAAUGUUGUUAGUUGUUCAUUGCAAGAGAUGCCACAGCAAAUAGGCAAAUUAAAGAAAUUGCAAACAUUGUCUGAUUUUAUUGUGUCCAAAAGAGAAUUUUUGGGAAUAAAGGAGUUGAAGGAUUUGUCACAUCUGCGGGGGGAGAUAUGUAUUUCAAAAUUGGAAAAUGUUGUGGAUGUUCAAGAUGCUAGAGAUGCCAAUCUAAAAGCUAAGCUCAAUGUUGAAAGGUUGAGUAUGAUUUGGAGUAAAGAAUUGGAUGGUUCACAUGAUGAAGACGCUGAAAUGGAAGUCCUUCUCUCUCUACAACCUCAUACUAGUUUGAAGAAACUCAAUAUUGAAGGUUACGGUGGUCGGCAAUUCCCCAACUGGAUAUGUGAUCCCUCUUACAUUAAAUUGGUGGAGUUAAGUCUUAUUGGUUGUAUAAGAUGCAUAUCAGUACCUUCGGUUGGGCAACUACCCUUCCUCAAGAAGUUAGUCAUCAAAAGAAUGGAUGGAGUGAAAAGUGUGGGGCUGGAGUUUGAGGGCCAAGUUUCUCUUCAUGCUAAGCCUUUCCAAUGCUUAGAGUCUUUGUGGUUUGAGGACAUGAAGGAAUGGGAAGACUGGUGUUGGUCAACAAAGUCAUUUUCUCGCCUCCGUCUGUUGGAGAUAAAAAAUUGUCCAAGAUUGAUUAAGAAAUCACCCACACACCCAACUUCUCUAGUAAAGCUCAGUAUUGAGAAUUGUCCAGAAAUGAUGGUUCCACUUCCAACAUACUUGCCUUCUCUUGAAGAGCUCAAUAUCUAUUAUUGCCCAGAAAUGACGCCACAAUUUACAACCAUGAAUUUCUCAUUAUGCUACUGAGGGGAGCUUAAUAUCAGGGCUUUCCAGACUUCAGCCGGAGUUUAUGCCGUCCCUGCUGAGGCUUGAACUUCCAGAAAUUGACAAUUCUGGUCAGUUGCAAUGUUUGUGGAAGGAUGGUUUGGGAAUAGGAAACCUCUCUGGUCUUCGAAUAUUGGGUUGUAAACGACUUGUAUCCUUUGGAGAGGAGGAAGAGCAAGUUAUAAUACAUCUCUUGCAGAGUUGAUCAUCGAGCAAGUUAUAAUGCUUAGAGGUCUUGCUAUUUCUAAUUGUGAAAGUCUAAGUAGUCUACUUGAUAGGAUGAUGAUGAGAAACAGCAGCAACAACGUGUGUCACCUUGAAUACUUGGAGAUAGAGGAGUGUCCAUCUCUUAUUUGCUUUCCACAAGGGCGGUUACCCACCACCCUUAGGCGACUAUUCAUAUCCAUUGUGAAAAUCUAGUGUCUCUUCCAGAAGACAUCGAUGUGUGUUCCCUUGAAUAGUUAAUUAUAAAGAGUUGUCCAUCUCUCAUUGGUUUUCCAAAAGGAUAGUGGGCUGUAAAAAGCUAGUCUCUGAAAGUUUGUAUCAGGAAGAUGAAAAUCUAGUUUCUGUAUAUUAAGAGGAAGAAAUUACAUGUCAUGGAGAGGUUCUCUACUCUGCUAUUUAUAUUUUCUACUGUAACAAACUACGUUACCAAACUCCUACUUGCACAGUUCAAACUACAUUACCAGAUUCCCAACUACUUGCACAGUUCUUGAGUGAUCUUGGUUUUGUUGAGUUCUGUUGCUGGUGCAGUUGUGGUCUAUCAGUCUCUACCAGAAGGAAUAGUGCAUCACCAUUCCAACAACACAACCAAUUGCGGUCUUCAAAUCUUGGAUAUCUUUCAAGGUUCAUCUCUCGCAUCCUUUUCUACUGGCAAGUUUCCCUCUACCCGUAAAUCUAUUACGAUGGAUAAUUGUGCACAGUUGCAGCCAAUUUCAGAGGAGAUGUUUCACUGUAAUAAUAAUGCACUUGAAGAGUUGUUCAUCUCGAGAGUCCCUAAUCUUAAAAUCAUACCAGAUUGCUUCUACAACCUCAAAGAUGUUCGGAUUGAAAAAUGUGAGAAUCUGGACUUGCAGCCUCAUCUAUUGCGAAACCUCACUUCUCUUGCAUCACUUCAGAUCACUAAUUGUCAGAAUAUCAAAGUGCCCUUAUCAGAAUGGGGCCUUGCCAGGUUGACCUCUCUUAGAACUCUUACUAUUGGUGGCAUAUUUCAGGAAGCCACCUCCUUUUCUAAUCAUCACCACCACCACUUGUUUCUUCUUCCUACUACUCUAGUUGAGCUUUGCAUUUCAAGUUUCCAGAAUCUGGAAUCCUUGGCCUUCCUGUCUCUCCAAACGCUCACCUCUCUUAGAAAGCUAUAUGUCUUCCAAUGUCCUAAGCUCCAGUCGUUUAUACCAAGGGAUGGGCUGGCUGACAUGCUUUCAGAACUGUAUAUAAGAGACUGCCCACUCCUAAUUCAAAGGUUCUCCAAAGAGAAAGGGGAACAUUGGCUCAAGUUUGCCCACAUCCCCUGUGUGAAAAUUGAUGGCAAAUUGAUCCUUGAGCAAUAAGAAGUUGGGAUUGCAGCAAAAUGAACGCAGAGACCACCACUAUAUAUAAAUGCUUGGUAUUUUUCUUCAAUCUGCCACAAUUACUUGUUUCAUUUGUUUAAUUGAAUUGUCUCACAUGUCUUCCACAGUUGAAACUCAUCCAAUGGAAAACAUUCUCCUUCAACAAUGACUGGUUGCUAUCCAUGCCUGUCAUUAGAUUGCAUAUCUACACAACACACAUAGGCUAUUAAUUCCCUUUCUAUUAGAAUCAAGUACGCCCAUUCAUUAUAAGUAACUUUUAUGUUCUUAAGAAUUAGUUUCAAAAUGUUCAUUUUAAAGGAAUUCCAUUUCGUGCAUGUAGGGUGUGAAGGAGAAGAUAAUGCAAAUUGUGCAUCUCAAUUGCAUUGUCCUCAAUAAGCUUUCUUUUUCCAUAUAUCUCUGUAUAAAAUUCUGCCUUUUUUUUUCCUUACGUAUUCAUAGAUGUGCAUUUAUCAACAUAGGCCGUGUUCUUAAUGCUUUUAAACCUAUGACUUCACAUUUUUCCAUCACAGGAUUCUACCAUGUCUUUAUAAUUUUCCAUUUAUCAACAUGAUCUUUGUUCAACUUACAGGUUGUUCAAGUGAGUGAUAAAGAAUACAAAUGGUUAGAUAUCACUUUUUUCUUUGUUCUCUUGAUUGCACUGCAUCUUUAUUUGGAAUUGGAUAUUUCUCUUUGUAACUUGUUUUUCUUGGGGUUUUUAAUUACAUUCCUUCUUACAAUAAGUCAGGAUUAGCCUUUUCUCUAAUUGUUCUUCUUCUUGGUCUUUUCCUCAGUUAAUGUAAGCAUCAAAUUUCUACCUCUUUGUUAUAUCUGUAGAUAAUUUUCUGGUUUGAAUUAUACAGCACACUUAAAUAAUUCAAAGUUGCAGGAGUCUUGCUGGCUCACAAAUUACCAUCUCAUGUGAUUCUGAAGAAACGAAAUCUGCAUCUUGAGAUACAAUGAGCUAUGAUCAUUCUUACCUUUUUAAAGCUUCUUCAUUUGUAUAAUGUGUUCUGAUGGCAUUUACUUUUUCUCAUUACACAUGCAUGAGGAAGAUUUUAUGACUUCCAUUAUAAGUUUUCAAUAGCUAUAUUUGCAUUUCAUUUGAUUUCAAGUAGAUGCAGGGGCAAAAAUUCUUUUGUAUGUUUCUUGACGUUUGGCACUUAAAAACUCUACACUGGUGUUUGGUGUUGAAAAAGGGGUACUUCAUGCAGAAUAAUGAAAGUAUAAAUAGUUCUUUACUAUCAAAAAAGGCUUCAUGGUUGUUAAGAUCCAUCUAAUUCUUUGUCCUUUCAUUGACAUGUUCUUCAACUUGUGGAAGACUUGGAAGGGAGAGCUUGAAUCAAAUUAAGCCAACACCUUGCAAAAGAUGAAUUCUGGCUAAGAAACCUCACCACUCACAAGUUCUUUGUUAUCCAAGAAUUCUACAGCAGCCAUUAUGUUAUAAUAAUCAGAGCUCUGUCUUGCUCAAGUUCAACCAGGGCUUUCUGACUGGUCAGCAUGCUUCUGAUGAUCCUUCUGCUUAUCCAAAAGUUGCAGCUUGGAAAUGUGAAGGCAAAGGUUGUGAUUGCUGAGAGUGUGACAAGGACACUGACCAUGUGAUUGGCCUUAACCUUGCCAGCAGCUGUCUCUAUGGUUCUAUCAACUGCAGCAGCACCCUCUUCCAUCUUGUGCAUCUUCAAGGGCUUGAUCUCUCUUAUAAUGAUUUCAGUUACUCUAAGAUCCCAUCUGGAGUUGUCCAGCUUUUGAGUCUAAGAAGUCUAAACCACUAAUCUUCCAGAUUCUCCAGCCAAAUACCAUUGGAGCUCUUAGUGCUGUCCAAACUGGUUGUCCUUGAUCUCUCACAAAAUCCAUUGAAGCACCAGUAACCUGACCUGGCUUCACAUGCAGGGGUGAGAAGCAUUUCCUUCUUGUAAUACAAAAUGCUUUUAGUAAGCUGGUAGUAUCAUUCCUGGUGAAUGGGUGAUUUCCCCUGUCAAUUUGGUACACUUUCAGACUUGAUCUCUUGCAUAUCAUUGGAGAACCUUUAUCUUUUUUCUUUUUCCUCAAUAUUUUGUUUUUAGAAAGAUUUUAACAAAAAGUAUUGUGCAAUUUCAUUUGAAAAAAAUUUCAAAUCCUUUUCUAUGUGAAA